AUUUUUAUAUAUAUAUAUAUAAUAAAUUAGGUAGGUUGAUGGAGUUUGUUGUGAAGAUGAUGGAGAUGUAUGACGAAAGGGUUUGAUGCAGAAGUGGCGACGAAUGCGCGGGUGAGAGAUCUAAUGAAGCAUCAAAUUACAUAAAUGUUUGAAGGAAGUGAGCAGUAGCUAGCAGAUAGGAAGGAGCUGAGGCCGGCAGGGAAGACAGCAACGGCCUUCCUCGGAGCUGCCCGGUUCUGGGCAUGCUGCCCGGCACUCUCUACUACAUCAACCAGAUCCACCACAGGGUCACCAUGACCAUGCGCCGCUCCGGCGGCACAUUCCUCUACAAAGGCCCCUGGCUGGCCAACAUGGACAUCCUCUCCACCGUCGACCCUGCCAACGUCCACUACGUCAUGAGCGCCAACUUCCUCAACUUCCCCAAAGGCCCCAAGUUCAGAGAGAUGUUCGACGUCUUGGGCGACGGCAUUUUCAACGCCGACUUGGACAUGUGGCGGGUCCAGAGGAAGAUCGCCCGGGGCCUCAUCACCCACAUCCGCUUCCACCGCUUCCUGCUCCGCACCAGCAAGGACAAGGUCGACACCGGCCUCAUCAACGUCCUCCAACACGUCUCCGACCGGGGUUCCGUGCUCGAUUUGCAAGACCUCUUUCAACGCCUCACCUUCGACACCAGCUGCAUCCUCUUCACCGGAUGUGAUCCCGGCUGCGUCUCCGUCGACUUCCCCGAGGUUCCAUUCUCAAAGGCCAUGGACGAUGCCGAGGAAGCCAUUCUCGUUCGCCAUAUCAUGCCAGAGUUCAUAUGGAAGCUCCAGCGAUGGGUCGGAAUCGGCUCGGAGAAGAAGCUCAGCCUUGCCUCCAAGACGUUGGAUGACAUCAUCGGACAAUACAUCGCCAUGAAGAAAGAAGAACUAGUGAGGACGACGAAGAUGCAGAAGAAAGGCCACAAAAAGGAGGAUGAGGAUGAGGAAGAGGAAGAAAAGGGGUGUGAUCUCCUCACCUCUUACUUGAGAGAGAGUAUUACUAUUAGUGAUGACAAUGAUACCGGUAGGAUGGGUAUAAAGUUAGACGACGACAAGUUCUUGAGAGACAUGGUGAUGAAUCUCAUGAUUGCGGGCCGAGACACAACCAGCUCGGCCCUCACUUGGUUCAUAUGGUUGGUUUCCACUCACCCCCAUAUCGAGUCGAAAAUAAGAGACGAGCUCAAAACCCUAAUAGCCCCAGAAGAGGACCGCGAGAAAUGGAGGGUAUUCAAGCCUGAAGAGUUGAAAACUC